AUGGGCCCCGACGGUGGUUUCUUUGGCGGUUUGGCACUAGACGACAGCAAGCUGAGGGAAAGCAUGGAAGAGAUGAGGAGACAGGACGCGGCGAGGGUACAGGUAGAGGGCGGGAGCGCCAAUGGUGGGGCGACGCCUGGUGGCGGAGGGGACGGGACGGACGGGACGGACGAGGAGGCCUUUCUGGAGGAGAUGCAGCGGCAGGUGGCUCAGCAGCAGGCGCUGCAAGAACGGGAGCUGUCACGGAAAGCGCUGGCUGAAAAGAGACCGGGUCAAGAUGCCUCUGGGACCAAUGGUUUAGCGACGGCUUUUCAGGGGCUCGGUGUAGGAGGAUCCGCACCCGUUGUUAGAGACGCGAGUGCCAGUAACGGGGCUGCUGAUAGCGGAUCAGGACACGGCAAGGCAGGGUCCCAGCAGCACGUGAGCAGCCCUUCUGAAAGCCAUGGCAGCAGGGGAAGUCCAGUCGUAGUAGGGACGGCUAAUGUAGGCGGGUUCAUGGGAGGGAUGGGUGGCAUGUCUGCUCUUGGUUCCUCUGCCGCUGCAGGAAUCUCUUCUCUAGCUGGUCCUGGUGGUAUACCACCCGCUCUUGCUGCAAGUCUGCUGGGCGGAUCUGUGGGUUUAGAUCCGUUCACAACGGCUGCGCUGCUACAAGCCAUGGGAGGAGCCUCAGGAGCGUCUGGUGCGAGUUUAGAGGAGCUUCUGGCAGCCGUGAGUGGAGGAGGAGCGACAGGAGCUGCAGCAGGACUCGCAGGAGCAGGACUUGCAGGAGCAGGUGCAGCAGCAGGACUGCCUGUCGGAAUGGGCUUGUCAGCUGCAGCCGCAGCCUUUGCUGCCCCCAGCCAAAACAAAGGCAAGGGAGGGGAGGCAGGGAAAGGCGCGGCAGCGGAUGCUAGCGCGAAGGAGGCAGGAUCAAGCGCCGGUGGGCCAGCAGCUUCCCCCACAGGAGCCCCUGCUGCUGCCGCUGCUGCUGCAAGCUCCCCUGCUCUGGCUGGAGCCGCAGGAGGGGCACUGCCAGGACUUGGUUCCCCGGGGCUAGGAAGCCAGGGCGCCGGGCUCCUGGGUCUGGACGCCCUUCUUGCACAAGGCGGAGCGGGCCUCAUGCCAGGCAUGCUGCCAGGCGCAGCAGGCAUCGCCCCCUCGAAUCUGCACCUGUAUGAGCAGCUGCUGAGGGCCAGAGCAGGCGCACCUGGCGUGGACUUGUAUGGCGGGAUGGGAGGCAUGGCGGCAGCGGCUGCAGCAGCGGCAGGGGGUGCUGGGCCAAGAGGGGGAUUUGGCAUGGGUAUGGGGCUUGACGGGUUUGGGCUGGGCGGGCUUGGCGCGCCUAUGGAUGCGUUUACAGCAGCUGCUGCCCUGCAGGCUGCGAGGAUGUUUCCUGGGGCGAACCCUGCGGAUAUGCUCUCUGCAAUGGGGGGCCUCCAACAGCAGCAGCAGCAGCAGGUGCAGUCGCAGCAAGUAGGGGCGGGGCAGGGGGAGAAGGAAUCCAAGGAUAAGGGAGGGAAGGGGACUUCACAAGGGGGGGCAGCAGGGUCGGAUGUGGAUAUGUCCUCGUUGCUUCAGGCACAGCAGAUGGCCAUGCUGCAGGCGCAGGCGCAGCGGCUGCAGGCGCUGCAGCAGCAGGUGGAGGAGGACUUGCUCAUGCGGCAGCAGCGCCAGCAGCAGCAGCAGCUGCUCUUCCACCAGCAAGCCUUUCUCCAGGAGCAGCAGCAGCAGCUGCUAGGCCAAGCCGCCAACCUCCCCAUCGGCGCAGCAGCAGCCGCCGCCGCCGCUCAGAUGCUCCGGGGGGGCGCACCAGGCAUGGAUCUAUUCGCUCUGAACCCAGGUCUGGCUGGCAUGGCGGGAGGGUUCGGGUUCCCCCCUGCCACAGGCGCAGCAGGCAGUGGCAGCAGCAGCAGCACCCCGUCUGGCCUGUGCAAGUUCUUUUCUCAGAGCAGGUACUGCGCCCGGGGAGAGUCGUGCCCGUUCCUGCAUUCUAUGGGAGGAAUGGGGCUGGGAGCUGCAGGCGCAGGAGCAGGCGCUAUGGGAGCAGCAGGGGGCGGAGCAGGAAUCGCGGGUAGUGCACCGCAGGGUGUAACGUCCCAGGCUGGUUACCGCGUAGGGGCGGCUCCCUAUGUGUCUCCUGACAGGGGCCCGCGUGCAGGCGGGGGCAGAGGAAAUCCUCCUGGGUUUGGCGGCAACAGUGCAGGGGGGGCACGGGGGGUGGGAGGUGGAGCCAGUGGGGCGCCUGGGAUGCUGGGCCCUGGUGGGGGUGGCAUGCGGAACAGAAUGGACGGGGCGAGCGGGGCGAAUGGGGCGAGUGGGGCGAAUGGGCUGAUGGGUCCUGGGCCUGGAGCUGGGCUGGGUGGAGGGGAACUGGGCGGUGGGUCGCCUCCAGUGGGGGCAUAUUCGGGUGCUGGAGGGUUGAUGGGGGGGUAUGGGGUGGGAGGGAUGGGGAUGGGGCUGGGCUCGGCGCAGCAUUCAAAGUACGCGUCGCUGGAUGAGGUGGAAGGGCAGAUGGCCGUCAUUGCCAAGGACCAGCAUGGAUGCAGGUUUCUUCAGCGUAAAUUCGAUGAAGGUACUUCAGAGGAGGUGGCGCGCAUAUUCGUGGAGAUCAAGCCGCACAUGGUGGAGCUCAUGACAGACCCGUUUGGCAACUACCUGGUGCAGAAAGCUCUGGAGGUGUGCAGUGAGGUGCAGAGGGAGGAGAUCCUCGCCAUGGCCACGGAGAACCAGACAGACCUCGUCAGCAUCUCGCUCAACAUGCACGGCACGCGGUCGGUGCAGAAGCUGAUAGAGACGGUGACCAACCCCCAGGCGGUGCAGCAGCUGACAGCGAGUCUGGCGGGCGGCGUGGUGACGCUCAUCAAGGACCUCAACGGCAACCACGUGGUGCAGCGCUGCCUGCAACGAUUAUCAGCCCAGCAGAACGAGUUCAUUUUCAACGCGGCGGUGUCGCACUGCGUGGAGAUAGCGUCGCACCGCCACGGCUGCUGUGUGCUGCAGCGCUGCAUUGACUUCGCACAGGGCCAGCAGAAGAACCGCAUCCUGGCGGAAGUCGCCUCCAACGCCCUCGUCCUCUCCCAAGACCCUUUCGGCAACUACGUGGUGCAAUACGUGUUGGACCUGGGGCUGCCGUGGGCGAUGGAGGAGGUGGUGGUGCGCCUGCAGGGGCAGUACGCGCCCUUGGCGCAGCAGAAGUUCAGCAGCAACGUCGUGGAGAAGUGCCUCAAGCUCGCCCCCGACAACUGCCGCUGCCUCAUCAUCCAAGAGCUCGUCGUCUCGCCCCUCCUCGGACAAUUGCUGCAGGACCCCUUUGCCAACUAUGUCGUUCAGUCCGCACUCACCGUGGCUAAGGGACCGCUGUACACUGCACUGGUGGAGGCCAUUCGCCCGCACCUGCCAUCCCUCCGCAGCAGCCCCUACGGCAAGCGCAUCCUCGCCCGCACCAACCUUCGCCCCAAGUAG